GACAACCGCAACUCAACUUAAAGCUAGUGGUUGAUUAGCUGGUUCCAUAUGAACAAGUAGCCUUACAUUACCACUCCUAGUAAACAAUAAACAAGUAACUUCCCUUGAACACUCCUACUGAACCCAGGACGACGUACCCACUCAGACAACACGGUAACUGUACGUUCAACCAAUCCACACAAAACACAAAACACAAAACAACGGGGUUUAAUUUAACAAUCACAUAGAAUCUGCAAGUACAAGAUCAGGCACUUGCACUUACUUACGUAGCACAUAUGGGUAGAAUGGCCAGAGUGUUGACUAAGACCAAGUCUAAGGGCAAAAGCGCCAUAUACUCGGCUACUGGAGGACAAUGGAUUACAUAUGUGGCGCUUUUGUCGGCGGCAGUGAUGUUCCUGGUGUGGCACACACAGCAGGCCGGUACCAGCCAAGGAUAUAGAAACACACAUAUACCUAGGGAACAGAAGCAGACCCAAGAUAUUAAAGCGGACGACUCCGCUUCAAAUUCUACCCACAGCUACAGAGUGGGAGAAGCUCCGCUCAGUGCAGGUAGGCGUAGACCAGUACUCGUAUACCUGUUUGUUAUACCUACAUGA